CAUACAACCAACUUGUUGUUGGUUUUUCUAUUUCUUCUUCUAACUUAAGCAGCAGCUUUUUUUCAUUGCAGGCGAAAAGGACCGUUCUCGAUGUGGUUCGUUGGAAAAAUUCGUAUACAGCCAUACGUUGGAUCGUUUGUCGGAACGCAGCUACUGCAAAGACUACCAGCGGUUGGGAUUGUGCAGCAAGAUGGAGGUGACGUUCCAUGACGGCGGUACCCUCACGAAAGCCAACGUGGUUCCUUCACCCAGCGCGUCUGACGCAAGUUUCUUUCGGUUGACAACCGUCAACAAAUUUUACACCGUUUGCCAGAGCUAUCCGGCUGUUCUGAUUAUUCCAUGCAAGAUUAGCGACGACAGUUGCAAAAAAAUAGCCAAGGGCCACAAAAAUGGCAGGUGAGU